AUGGCGCCUUAUUUCGAGACCGCGAAGUCUUUUGCCGAUGUCCCCAUUACGGAAGAGGGGGUCCAGACCGCCGCGUUUAUAUUAGCAGCAACUGAUUUCCUAAACAUGUUCGACCUUCUGGGUAACGGAGUCUUCGGCUUUGUCCAGACCGACCUGAGAAGUAACUUGGCCGGUGUUCGUGGCCGUUACGAAGCUAAACCAGACGAGUCCAAUACCUUGGAGAAUUUAGUAGCUUCAGAAGCCAAGGACCUGCAACACCGCGGGGCACGAUAUGGUACUGCCUGUCUUGUGCGGCUCGUCCGCGGCCUUCUGUUCACAUGUCAGGCGCUCCAGAACAUGCAGAAUGAUAAGUCCUCGGAAUUGCAUGUCUGCUUCAAGAGGUCAUAUGAUACUGUCCUGAGGCAUCACCACACGUUCAUUAUUCGGUCGGCUGUUUCGCUGGCGAUCAGAGCCGUUCCACACCGCAGCGACUUUUAUUCCCGCCUCGCACAAGGGGGCUCUGAAGAGAAAUUCGAUGAUGAAUUAACUAAAUGGCUCGCCGGCCUCGACAUCAUCGUCAAUAGACUCAAGACAUUCCUAGAUGCCGGAGGUUAUGGGACAGUGUGA